UUGAGAAGGGUUUUGAUGACGGAUCUUGGCCAUUAUCCCGAAUUCACUCCUCUCCCUCCCCCACGUCCGCUUGAGGAAGGUGGAGUGAAUUCUUCUUCUUGUGCGCUGGACACUUCCUUGCCGUACUCCGGCAAGUGGUACUUCAUCAUGAUGGCGGCGGACUCGGACAGCUCGCUGCUGAAAUUCGGGGCGAUGGACAGCGCCGUCUUCCUCCUCACACCCCUGAAAGCCAAAGGGAAGCUUCUACUGAAGGGAGAGUUCCGCCUUAGCGAGACGACAACCUGCCUGUCCCGCCAGUGGACCUACCACAUCAGCAAUGAGACGCAGGAGAUGAUCCUCGAGGGGCGUCCAGAGCAGAGGACAGAGAUCUUUGUGAAGGAUGGAGAUAAUUACAUUAUGCUGCUGGAGAUACAGGAAGAAGGACUGGAAACCUUCAAGAGACUGAUGCUUUACGGCAGGUCGCCGACCAUGAGCCUCAACCUCCGUCUGGACUUUGAGCACCGUGCCCACUGCCUGGAUCUGACGUCAAUCCUCGUGCUGAAGCAAGCCCAAGCACCUUGUGAGAUUUCUUGAAUUCGUUUUCAACUUUCAACACCUUGUGCCACAAGAGAACAGUCCACAACGACCUUCGUCUGCGCUCGAUACUGUGGCCCUUGCGGAGUGAGAGUUACAUCUACACAUCAGCAGUUCGUGAUCAGCUUUAUUUGGCCAUAAUUUAGUUUAGUUUCUGUUAGGGAACAGCGAAAGUACCACAAAUCAAAACUGCCCCUCUGCUAUUUUGAUCAGGGGGAGUAAUAGAAGUGGGGAGAGGAAAAAUAAAGAAACAGAAACCCUUCAUUUGUUUAAACUAGUUUUGUUUUGGGACAAGAUUUAUAAUUUUCCUUGCUGGCAUGGCACUACUGGCCUCCUGACAAUAGAUGGUGCUGCUGAGCGUCUUUUCACCACACAGUCCCGUUGCCCCACCUGCAGGUGAACUGGGGCAUUAAAGGACAAAAGAAAAUGCCUCCCCAUCCCUUAAUUGAGAAAGCCCUUUCCCCUUGAACCUUGGGAACAAGGAGAUUCAGAUCAAAUUCACACUCAAUGCCAAGACCACUCACCUGAGGCUACAUUAACAACUCUGCACUGGCCUUGAUGCAUUAACAUGAAAUAAGGAUCCAUUUGUCCUCUCAAGCCUGGUCUAUUAUUUUCCCUUAGUCCCUCAUUUCCUCUAAUCCAACUCUAUUGAUCUCAAUUUUGAACAUACUCAACAGCUGUGCGUACACAAGCCUCUAGGUAAAGGUGUUCCAUCUUAAAUAUCCAACCCCGUAUCCCGAGACUAUGCCCACUGGCUCUGGACGCUCCAGGCCUGACGAAAUCUGUCUGAUCAAUCCAACUCAGAACUGUGUGCAUCUCCAUGAGAUCACCUUUCUCUGCUCACAGAGCAUCCCUUCAAUCUGUCUGGUAAUCUGUGCUACACUACCUCCAGGACAUGCAAAUCCUUCCUCGGUUAUAGAGACCAAAACUGCAAAUAGAAGAUCACAACCAAAGCAUGUGCAACCUCAACAAGACCUCCUAUUUCCCCACCCAGUUUCCUUGCAAUAAAAGCCAAGUCAUUCACCUUU